UUUCCUUGACCUUCACUCGCCGUCCAGCCUCAGAGAAGCAUCGUCCCAUGCAAAAUGGUUUCUCCCUGCUUUCCAGUUUUGGGAUUAUUGCUGAUAAUCUUUGAGGUUUCAGGACAAACGUUGCCCAACUACGAGGUGACAACGAUUGCGAAUGCUCCCCAUGUGAUGGCGAAAGCGAGUGGGUCGGGUUAUGAAGGUAUCAUCAUUGACAUUCUCCAAGAGCUCUCCAAGAGGGCCAACUUCACCUACACCAUCAGACUUGUGAGAGACGGAUCCUAUGGCAGCCCUGUAAGGGGAGGAAAUGGUACUUGGAAUGGAAUGAUUGGGGAAAUUCUUAGAAAUGAGGCCCACAUUGCUGCCGCAGCGAUGACCAUCAUGCCGCAGAGAGCUGCAGUCGUGCGCUUCACGCAGCCCUACGUCGAUGCCGGUCUGAGGAUCCUUUACAAGAGGCCCACUGAUUGGAUGACCAACGAGCCCUUGUUUGUCCUUCUGUCAGUCUUCACUCCCGGGCUGUGGGUCGUGGUCAUUCUACUCAUUGCCGCCAUUUCAGCUCUCCUCCACGUCAUUGCUCGAUUCAGUCCGCUAGAGGACGCUUCACUUGGCGAGAAAAAACGAGAUAACGAGGGACUGACCAUCUUCAACAGCUUCCUGUACACUUUCAGCGUCCUUGGAUGGCAAAACUACACCCCUUCCCCGCGGUCAUUAUCAGGUCGCAUCCUGGUGGCGUUCUGGUGGCUGUUCUCCCUCCUCACCAUCGUCGCCUUCACUGCCAACCUCACCGCCUUCUUCAUGACCAGAGAACCUAACGUCUCCAGGGUUCCUUUCACAUCAUUCUCAGAACUUGUCCGACAGAAGAAAAUCACCUAUGGCGCUUUCAAAUACGGGUCCACCGAGAUGUUCUUCCGGACGACGAGAAUGCCCCUCGCGAGACGGAUGUGGGCGAAGAUGAAUGCCAAGAACACCUUGAUGAGAACCCUUGACCAAGGUAUCAAAAGAGUCAGGGAUGGGAACUUUGCAUUCAUCGUCGAAGGUCCCAUGGCCGCCUAUGCUGCUGGAAAGACGCCGUGUGACCUUACUGUCGUCGGCGAGCCACUGAACGACCGUGGCUACGCGUUUGCUUGUAGUAACAAAACCAACCUGUGUGGAAUUCUCGACCAGAAAAUCCUAGAAUUGAAGGAAGAAGACUUCAUCAUCAACGUCACCAACAAAUGGUCGUCAAGGGGCUGCAAUCUCGACAAGGGGAGGGAACUCAUUUAUGACGGUGUGCCUUUCUUUGACUCUUUCGGCCGGAAAACCGGGUUACUGAAAGACAAGUCUGUGACCCUGAAGAGAUUCGCUUCCGGUUUCAUUUUCCUCUUCCUUGGAAUAUUCUUAGCUGGGCUCUGUCUUGUUGCUGAAAUCAUCUACGCCAAGAAGAGCGGUUACUCUGUCAAUGUGCUUCCGAGUAUGCGGACUUCAGACCAAGAACGAAUCCAAGACUCAUUCGACAGCGGCAGAUAACUCUAGGAUAUAUUUAGACAGUCCAGGACAUUGAGAGUUACCUACCUUGAAGAACACCAACGCAAUUAUUUAAACAGCUGACGGAAAGAGGUGAACUGCGUUAGGAAAUGAUUGUUUGUAUGGACGAUAUGUGUCUGAAAGUCUUUCUUAGGCCAAUUCUUCUUAAAUGGCGUGUUUAUGCUAUUGUGUGAGUGGAUCAGUGUACAUAGGUCAUGAAGAAUAUACUAGUGCCACCUAUCGAUUUUGUUCAUUCAUGUAAAUCCAUAUAUCAAGACUAAAUCUUAACUUGGCCUAGCAGGGAUUGCCCUUGUAUUUUUGUGUUGAUGUGUUUUUAAUGUGAAAGCUAUAUCCUCUGUAGGGAUGGCCCUUUUUGAAAGUAGUGUAUAUAGGUAUCUUAUGUUUUUAGCUGUAUAAUCAUUUAACCCAUGUGAUCCGUCAUUAAGGAAAAUAUUAGUCUUCCGAAUGUGAAUAAAUGUCAGUGAUAUCGUGAACACCAUACCCAGUUAUGUGUAUACACAACCAUCUAAAUAAAAGUCUUGCACAGAA